GAUACAGCAUAACAGAUAGAGGAAGUAGAUUUAGCUCAGCAAUCGAUUAUUAAUCUCCAUUAACCUUAAUCUUUACGAAGUCAUGCCGAUGGAAGGAUAUCUAAAAAAGAAGUUGUCACUGCUUAAAGGCUAUAGAGACCAGUGGUUUGUUUUGACACAAGAUGGACAUCUUAAGUACUAUGUUGAAAAACCAAUGGAGGAAAAGCAAAAACCUAAGGGACAAAUACUUUUGUUGCUUUCAGAUAUAAAACAAAAAGGUGACAACGUCUCAUUCAAUGUUAAAUCAGCAAAUAACAAGGUCUUCCGUUUGAGAGCUGAAAAUACGGAGAAGAGGAAUGCAUGGAUUAAAGCAAUAAUUGAGACUAAGACUAAAUUGAAUAACAGAAUGUUCAAGGGAUUUUAUGACACAGGAGAAAGACUACAAAUAAAUGCUGAUCAAGAAAAUGUCGACACUGGAUGUGAUUUUGAUUAUACUCCGGAACUAGAAACAGUAAGUGAAGAUGGUGGAGCGAUAGAAACUGAUAUUGCAUCUUUAUUUAAGACACCAAAAAAGCCAUUUGUAGCUGUUGCAGCCAUUGAUUUUGGGACUACGUACUCUGGCUGUGCUUUUUCUACAGUUCAAGAUUUCAAAACCAACCCAUUAAAGAUAGAGACAAUCGCACUAGAUGACAUAAAUGUUCUUUCGUACAAAACCCCAACUGUCUUACUGUUAACCCCCGAAGGACGAUUUCAUUCAUUUGGAGCAAAAGCAGAAGAGGAUUAUGUAACUUUAGCAGAAAAAGACGAAGCUAAUCGUUGGUACUAUUUCAAUCGCUUCAAAAUGCAACUGUAUAAGUCAAAGGAGCUGAAAAGCAACAUGGUUAUAAAGGAAAUGGGAGGGAAAACAAUGAAAGCAAUGGUAGUGUUUGCAUUCUGUAUAGAAUACAUUAAAGACAAGGUUAUGGAACGAUUGAGUCAAGCAAUACAUGGUCUAGAUGAGGAUGAUGUUCAUUGGGUACUUACUGUCCCGGCAAUUUGGAAUGAUCAAGCUAGACAAUUUAUGAUUGCAGCUUCUGAAAAGGCAAGCAUAGGGAACGAUAACUUGACAUUGGCACUGGAACCAGAGGGUGCUGCUAUGUAUUGUAAAUACCUUGCUUUGGAUAAAAAGGAACAUGGCGAUGCGACAGAACUGAAAGCAUUUGAUGAAAACGCACGUUUCAUGGUGGUGGAUUUAGGCGGAGGUACAAUAGACAUAACAGUAUCAGAAGUACUAGCGACCGGACAACUUAGAGAAAUUUACAACGCUACUGGAGGACCAUGGGGUGGUAACUAUAUCAAUGAACAGAUAAUCAAAACCCUGACGGACGUUAUUGGUUGGACUGUUAUGGGAAGGUUCAAAGCAGACGAUUUUGAUGAUUACCUUGAAUUAUUGAAAAAUGUGGAACAACGAAAACGUGGUGUUAAGUACGACUCCGAAUUAAAACUAAAGAUAUCUGACAACUUAUUUAAGAAAAUUGAGAUUCCAGAUUCACAUAAAAAGGUCGUACAAAAGGACAGGAAGAGUAUAACGUUAUCGGCGUCAUUAAUAAAUAAAAUCUUUUCAUCAUCAGUCGAUUCAAUGAUGAAACAUGUAGAAGAGCUCCUUCAGAAGGAAGAAACACGGGGAGUUUCAACUAUUUUGUUGGUAGGGGGAUAUGCUGCAUCCGACUUUGUUCAACGUGCCUUUCAAGAGAGAUUUAAAAAGGAUUACAGGAUAACAAUUCCGUUGACACCAGAUAUGAUAGUCUUAAAAGGUGCUGUUAUCACAGGUCAUCUUGUUGAGGCAAUCGUUGGCAGGAUGACAAAGUAUCAUUACGGUCUAGGACUUAGUACAACAGCAGUUUCUGGUCGGAGUAUAUCAUUGGGUGAUGAUGAUGGAAACAAAUCUUUUUUCUCUUUAAUCAAGAAAGGCCAAAAGAUUAAAAUUGGUGAUGUAGUUACACAAUACGAAGUCGUUGUGAAAGCGAAAUCGCAAUGGGCAAACCUUGAAGUCUAUACAACUGAAGAUGAUAAUCCAAAACCAGUUAUUGAUGAGGAACAUUUUACAAAAGUAGGAAGCAUCAAUGUUAAACUUCCACAAUUCAAAAAAGAAAGCAUUCUUGUCCUGACCAUAUCGUAUGAUGAAACAGAAUUCAAAGUAGUAGCUACAGAUAGAAAUACAGGUCGCUGUUUUGUUGGUAAUUGCCGAUUUUUAGAUAAAGAUAUCAAGCCAAACGUCGAUUAAAAUUAGUUUGAACAACAUUUACAACAUGUGAAAGCAUUAACGUUUAUGAUUGAUUUUUUUUUUGAUUUUUCAAGCUUAGU